CUCGUGAGAGCUUCUCAACCAACCCCAUUGAGCUCCGCCGUUGCUGCAUCUGCGACAAAACACCACCCUCCCAGCCCGUUCUCCUCUCCGUCACUCUCUCUCGCCGGGCACAGCACUCAGCCAUGCUCUCUCGAUUUGCGCCUCGCGCGGUGUCUGCGCCAGUGCGAUCACUGCGCCGGACUCCCGCCCUCCGAACUGUCACCACCGAUGCCGCCAGCAGUCACGCGGAAAAGAGCGAUGUCCCAGCUGAAGAUGACAAGCCUUUCCAAGUCCGCCUCUCAGAUGAGGCUUUCGAGACCUACGAGAUGGACCCACCUUCAUACACCCUCGAUACCACCAAGAACGAGCUGAAGCAGAUGUACUACGACAUGGUCGCCGUGCGUCGCAUGGAAAUGGCCGCCGACCGAUUGUACAAGGAAAAGAAGAUUCGCGGCUUCUGUCAUUUGUCCACUGGACAGGAAGCUGUCGCUGUUGGAAUGGAGCACGGAAUCACAAAAGAGGACCACAUCAUCACAGCCUACCGAUGCCACGGUUUCGCCAUGAUGCGCGGAGGUACAGUCCGAUCGAUCAUCGGUGAACUUUUGGGCCGAAGAGAGGGUAUCGCACACGGCAAGGGUGGUUCCAUGCACAUGUUCUCCACCGGCUUUUACGGCGGAAACGGUAUCGUCGGAGCUCAAGUCCCAGUCGGUGCGGGUAUUGCCUUUGCCAACAAGUACGAGGACAAGAAGAACGUGACACUGGCCCUGUACGGUGACGGUGCCAGCAACCAGGGUCAAAUCUUCGAGGCGUUCAACAUGGCUAAGCUGUGGGACCUCCCAGUCAUCUUCGGCUGUGAGAACAACAAGUACGGUAUGGGUACUGCUGCCCACCGUGCCGCCGCUCUUACCGACUACUACAAGCGUGGACAAUUCAUCCCUGGUCUGAAGAUCAACGGAAUGGAUGUCCUUGCCGUCAAGGCCGCUGUUCAGCACGGAAAGAAGUGGUGCGCUGAGGGCAAUGGUCCUCUCGUCCACGAAUACGUCACCUACCGAUACGGUGGUCACUCCAUGUCCGAUCCCGGUACCACCUACAGAACCCGUGAGGAAAUCCAGCGCAUGCGAUCGACCAACGACCCUAUUGCAGGCCUCAAGCAGAAGCUCAUCGAGUGGGAAGUCGUCACAGAAGCUCAGCUCAAGGAGAUCGACAAGGAGGCUCGCAGCCACGUGGACGAGGAAGUGGCCGCAGCCGAAGCCAUGCCAGUUCCAGAAAACACCCCACAAGUGCUCUUCGAAGACAUCUACGUGCGCGGAUCCGAGCCACCAUUCCUUCGCGGCCGCAUUCCAGAGGAGAACUUCUACUACCCAGAGCGGGAAUUGCAGAUCCCCAAGUCGCCAGCCCAGACUCUUGCACCAGGCGGAAGCAGCUUGUAGAGACAUGCGUUUAGAGUUUUGAGAUAGGGAAUAGCAUGGAAUGGGACGAAUGGUGUUAUCCGGGACUGCGAGGCGCCGGGUCUAUGUGUGAUAUGAUACUGGAACUUUUGAGGCAGCAUUGUAUAUUGAGAGAAAGCGUCGAGCGUCGAGACUACCACUAUGAUCUCUUUACGGCACAGCUACAACUACCGUCUUCCAAAGCCAUUUCUUUAUCUUAGCUACAAAGUUACUUGAUUCCGGC